AUGGGACGACGACGAUUUGUGAACCUGGUGGUGCAGGGCGCCGGUGGACUCUAUUCUCUGCGCCGCAUACCCGCGAAUCGUCUCUUCUACCCAUCAACAAGAGCAGCUGAAGAAGCAACGGCAAAGUCACAAGAAUCAUUCAUGGAGGAGCACGGUGGCAGGAAGCAUCCAGGCCUCCACACCAUGGAGAUGUUGGAGAAGCUUCCCCGUUCGACGUUCGCCUUCGAGCCGGCCCCCGUGGAUCGCUACCAUCUUAGGUCUCUCGACUUCGCCUGUCUCCUCGGCCACGAGAGCAGGAUGCUCACUGCAGACAACAGGGGAAACACCGUCGUCUUCGACGCCGACUCCUCCUCCGUCCUCGCCUUCCCCAACCUCAUUUCUCCCAAGAGGUAUAACGCCAUAUCCCUCUCCAUUAUCAACAACGAUGGCAGCAACAACAACAACGGGUUGGAACCACCGCCGGAGGACGGCCUCUACGUGAUGACCCGGAGUCCCGACGUCCACAGAAUCAAGGAUGGUUGCUUUGAGGUGCUCAACUACUCUUCUUCCUCUGCCGAUUUCCGUGAGAUGACCCCUCAUUGGGUUUCUCUGCCACCACCGCCCUUCGCCGGCUGCAUGAACGCCGAAAUUACCUCCUACACGGUGGUUCACGGCACCACCAUCUACAUUUCUUGCAAUAAGCCAAUCCAUUCUACUUACGCCUUCGACACGGUUAGCCGUGAGUGGCGCCGGCUGGGCUCCUGGACAAUGCCAUUCCAUGGCAGAGCUGAGUAUGUGCCAGAGCUCAACCUCUGGUUUGGCCUGUCUGCUGACCAUCCCUACAGCUUAUGUGCUUUUGAUCUUCCCUCCGACGACUCAUCCGUCGCAGCAAAACCACCCACGGUGCAGCAUACUUGGGUGGACCUUGUCAUACCUCAGUCCUGGUUGCCAUGGAACAUUAAUCUCAUCAACCUUGGCUGUGGCAGGUUUUGCAUCGCCAAGAUGUUCCAUUCUAUUUCGGGUGAUGGCACAUUUUGUUCCUACUCUGAGAGUGACGAUGGCACAAUUGAAGACUCUGACCCAAUUCAUGGGAGUUUCGCUAUCUUCACUGGCCUUCACAUGGUUCGCCCUCGUGGUAAACAUGAUGAUGUCCAGAUGAUCAAGCACAAGUUCAUGUACUACCAAUUUUUCGAUGAUUACAUCGAAUGGGUUAUCUGA